UAGCAGCGUUUGUCCUUUGCAUUUUCCUCAUGGAAAGAGAUUGAUAUCACAGCUAAGCCUUUUGUUUUGUGUUUUGGGGGCUUCCCUUUCCUCUCUCUCUCUCUCUCUCUCUCUCUCUGCGCGGCCGUUGUUGACCAUGACCCCUUGAUUGAAUAUGUUCGUACACACUUCAGCAAUUGUGAUACGCUUCUAUUGGUUUCCAACGAAAAAGGCUUGAUUGUUUGAUUCAGCAUUGGCUUUUUCUUUCGCUUCUUGUCGUGGAUUGCUUGGUUAUUUACAGUCUACCCGAUUGGCUCUGAAACUCGAGGAUGAAGGGAAAGUUUGGAACACCAGGAAGUUACUUUGUGUUAAACACAGGGCAUAGAAUUCCUGCCAUUGGACUUGGGACAUGGCAGAGUGGUGGAGACCUUUGUGUUCAAGCCGUAAAAACGGCGUUAUCAGUUGGUUACCGCCAUAUAGAUUGUGCACAUCUUUAUGGUAAUGAGAUCGAAGUUGGGGAAGCAUUAGCUGAAGCAUUUAAGGGUUCACUGAAGAGGGAAGACGUUUUCUUGACUUCUAAGCUCUACUGCACAAUGAAUUCUCUCAAUAAAAUCGAGAACUAUGUUCAAGUUUCUCUUAAGAAUCUUGGAGUUUCGUAUUUGGAUCUAUAUUUGAUGCAUUGGCCUGACAGCUCGGCGUUUGGUGAUGCUACUGAUCCUCCUUCAAAGUCUGGGAGUGAGUAUAGGCAAUUCUUGAAUCGGUUGAAGAAAGCAUGGAAAGCUAUGGAAGGUCUGGUUGAGAUGGGUCUGGUGAGAGCUAUUGGGGUCAGCAAUUUCAGUGUUUCACAAAUCAAACAAUUGCUUAAAUUUGCAAAGAUUGUACCUGCUGUCAAUCAGGUGGAGUUGCACCCAUUUUGGAGGCAAGAUGAACUUGUAAAGUUCUGUCAAUUGAAAGGUAUCCAUGUGUCUGCUCACACACCCUUAGGAGUCCCAACUUCUACUCCUGGACCAUCUGAUAGCAGUUCAGGUGGGGAAGAUGAACCUGGAACUCCUCGCAUAUCAUUCAGGAGGUCAAGGUCUGUGCAUGGGCCUAUGCUGAAAAUAUCAACAGUUUCAGAGAUAGCAGACCGACACAGAAAAACACCUGAGCAGGUGAUUUUGUGUUGGGGGCUGCAAAGAGGAACCAGUGUGCUGCCUUGCAGCCUGAAGCCUGAUAGGAUAAGAAAAAACAUAGACAUCUUCAGUUGGUCUCUAUCAGAUGAUGAGUGGAACCGCUUGAACCAGAUCGAGCCCCAGGUAUGCUUGUUUGGAAACGGUCCUUUGAAUAAUCUAUCGGAGAGUGGGUUUAUGUCUGGAAGUGUUCCACUUCAAGCUGUGCAUGAGAUGGAAGAUGACAUGGAAUCCAAUGCCUGAUACGCCGAUAGAUAAUAAUAUCCUCGUUCUCCUCCUCCUCCUCAUACAAUGUGCCAUUUUUGUUCAAAGAAGUGACCAUCUCAUAAUAUGUGUGCCCAUUGUUUGCAAGAUUUCUGGUUGUUUGUGGAUGCUUAGAAAUUAUUCAGAACAGAUAUUAUCAAUUCAAGUGCCAAAUAUUUCUUUCUUUU